AUGAUUAACUUUAACGUUAAAGCAGAUGAGAGUUCCCAGGCGUUAAGUCUGGGAGACCUCCUCUUAUUGCUGCUGACAAUCUCGCUCUUUUUCCUCCUCAGUGUCGUAUCUGGGCGCAUGCUUUACAAACAAUACGCGGCUAAGCGCAAGCGUCUCUCGACCAUGACGACAGCCACUGAAGAGGUCUCCGGGUCUGCACCAGCUGGUCGGGUGUCGUAUUCUGCCGUUCCUCAAGCCCCAACAACGUCGAUCAAUGUCGUGGGUGGAUCCGAGGCCGCUCUUAUGGAAGAUGAGGGCGCUGCUGCUGCUUCAACUGGCUUUGAAAUGCGCCAGCGCCUAUUUUUGCUGCUGUUUAUGGCCUCAACCUUGCGUGUUUGUUCUUUAAUUACUGAAGUGGCGACUUUGGAGAUCGUGGCAAAACUGCCUGCAACUUCCGCAUACUGCAGACUAUUGACAUUUUUCCUCUGGCUACCAUCUAUGCUAUUCGUGUCCAUGUAUGGACUUGUGCUGCUAUUCUGGGCACAAUUGUGCUAUGCGUGCUGGGGUAAAGCUUAUCCAUGGCCUCGGCGAAUUUUUUUUCUCUUCAAUGUAUUUCUUUACGUGAAUUUUGCACUAUUAUUUGCAUUUGCAAACACAUCAGCUGGACUCUGGAGAGGUUGUGACUUAUUACAAGGAAGCGUCUUUGUUUUAGGACUUUUUGGUAUUUUGUACUACAGUCUUCGUCUUAUUGACUUCUUUCGUAAUCAAAGUCCAGACGAAGAUUUUUUCUUCGAUUUGUCAUCCGCAGCAAUGGCUAAUAACAACGCUUCUCAAAUUCGCUCGGGAGCGUCGUCACUUUCUAUUGCAGCCGAGCUAUCUCCCCGACAGCUUGUUCUACGAAGGAUUACGGCGGUGUGCAUUCUGCUUUGUGUUCUUUUUACGGUGAAGGCACUUUAUCUGUUCGGCAUGGGUUUGGGAUAUAUGGAAUCGGACGAAUUUCAGUACCGCGGGCCUGUUGGUGUCCACUAUAUCGCAUACGAAUUCACAAUUCACUUCUCCACCGAAUUUAUGCCAAGCGCGCUCUUGCUUUAUUUCACCCGCCACGAUAAGGCGUCGUCGGCCCAGCGACAACGUCUUCGCUCGUCAUCCGCAACUUCAGCAUCUGCUUCCUUGUCCAGCAGCAGCUAUGGUGCGAACAACGCACGUGAUAAGCCUCCAACACCCAGUUUUACUUAUGUACCGAUCCGAGGCAAUGGUCAUGGGAUCGCUGCUGGGCACCCAUAUCAAGAAGACGCCAUUUCGAAGCUUUCUGGAUAUCAGUAUCAGGCAACACAACGCGCGUACGGAUCAACAAGCACAACAUUGGCAAAACCUGCAAAUCUUCGCUCGAGCAACAAUAGCGGUGCAUUUUUACUUGAUAGCAUCAGUGGCGGCACAUUCGGCAGCGCCGAUCCCAAUACAGGCUUGAAUACAAAGGUGGCAGAACGUUAA